GUGUUGAGCUCGAUGGCACAAUGACAAACAAAUGAUAAGUGAUUUUCGUAAAGGCCUCUCAUAGGAUGGGUGAUUAAAAAUGUUCUCGAGCUUCGUCAGUGUGUGUAUCAGUGGUCAAGCCUUGUAUAAGCUGCAUCUGCAGAUGUUAAUACCCACAAAUCCGCACUGACUGAGCUCAUUUGGUGCGUUAUGAGCUGUUUCCCUAUUACCUACAUCCAUAGAAAUGGUCCGUUCCCCAACGAUGAGGACAGUAAUAGACUGAUGACGAUGAUUUAGAUAAUUGUGAUAACUGAACUCUCAUAUUUUUGAUAUGUUGAUUUUAAUGCGAAUGAUAUAAAAUAAUUUGAGAGUAGAUUACAAAAUGACAUUUACCUACACAGUCGAAGGUUAAAUGAAGUAUAAUGAAUUCAGAAGUCUAUCAAAGCAGAUUCUGUGUUUAACAAUUUUGAACGAGUCUCAAGUAUCGCACGCUUCGACAACAAAUCAGUGACGUAUUAAUUAUAGCCAAUCGUUUUCCUCGACGCUGUCUCAUUUACGAGCAAGCAUUUAUUUACUACGGCUUGUGCGCGACGCAACACGUGCGUCUCAAUAUCAGCUUCUCUCGAGUGUUCGAUAACAGUGGCCUCAGUAACGUUCCACAUUAACAAAGUGACUGAAACAGUUAUAACUUUUUAGUUCAAAAACACGGAUUGAUUAGUGUUAUCGCGUUACACCUAGGUAGUCGAAGGGCGUCGAGAGCGCGUCACGCUCCAACAGCCGUUCCCGUGGUAGCCAACAGUAAACAUCGCGUGAUCGAUAGCGGAUUCGUGUGCCGACAGCGGCGGGUGGUAUCGCCAGUUGUCGCCUAGUUGCCCCGCAUCCGAGUGGAGCGAUGCGCGUCUAGCAGCACCAGGGAACAAUGAGCGCGCCUUGACCUUGCGGCGCGGGGGGACGGCGCGCGAUGACGCCAGCGCGGCCGGCACGCGGUUCGGCUUUCGGGUGCGAUCCUCCGCGGACGGCAUCCGCGUAAUCAGUGGUCAGCGCAAUUCCGGACUCGGGUCGAAAAUACCGGGGCGGGUGGGCGGCACCGCGACGCUGGGGACUCUCACGGCGCUCUCAUUCCGCGAGUCGGCGCCGACGACGCCGACGCGCCUCGAACGACCGACCGACCGAGCCGACUCUCGCAGACUGAAUGUACCGCGACAUGCGCGUGCACCGACAUGGGUAACGUGCAGUGCUGCGCCAGCGGACGCUUCCACGAGGGCAAACCGCCAAAGAAACCGAAGAUUAAAAAGAACAAGUUGAAAGGUAUCAGUAAAAAGACAAACGGUGUAGGGAAAGGUAACGGGAGUGUAAAAGUGGUGACCGUGGCGGAAGACGCAUCUGUGCGACCUGCGGCCGAAGUGGCCCAGGCGCAGACUCAAGCCGCUCCCGUGGAAGAAACCACCGCUGCUGCUCCUCCAGCUCCUCCUACAAAUGAUACUUCGCAGAAAAACGAAGCCAACAGCACUGAUGACAACACAUCACGCGGAGAAACUAUGGCAGAAGCGAGGGAGCGAUUCUUUAGUCAGAUUCCACUAGAUGGCAACAGUUUGAAACACAACGGCAGCGCCAAAGACCUCGCCUCCGUCAUGGAGAACUUGAAAAAGAGUUCUCUGCUCACCCGACAGAAUCAAAGCCUCAACACCCAAGUUACCAGCUCUGCUCAACAGAUGGUUUCUAGUACGACCUCCAGUAGCGCUGCGACGAGUCAGCGUGUGCAGAGCUCGUCGCAACGACUCCAACAUAUGACCACCUCUGAAAUGAAAGCCAGUUCGAUGAAAUCCGAUCUCACAGAAUUGAAAAGUUCGAUUUCUGAAAUGAAGAACUUAAGCAACACAGCAGCACGAAAUUUUGGAGGACGGUUAAGAAGUUCAAUGGAAAAUAUUGUUGAUCAAGAUGAAUUAGCAGACCAACAUUUGGAUAUUCGUGACCUGAGUGACAUGGGGGACAUUGGUGACAUGGGUGAUAUGAGCGAAUUAUCUGCAGAAGGCCCGUUGGUGACUUUUCCUGAAUCCGAUACUCCUCCUCCCAUUGUCGACAAGCCUUCUUUGCUAACAGCAAGCACGGCAUCAAUUGGUUCCAACGCUGCAAACGAGUUGAAAUACAGUACGGCUCGUGUAACUUCUGCAAGCUCAACUCGUGUUGUAGCCGAUGGAUAUAGUGCUUCAAGAUCAGCAGCGAACAGUGCAAAAAUGCGACGUUUACAACACGGUGAUGUACAUUAUGCGGAACGCAGUGCUGCUGGAGCAUCUCACCGAUUAUUGCAAGCUGAAGGGCUCACGGCUGAGCAAAAUGCAGCCUAUCUUCAAGAGCAGAGGUCACUCAGAGCAGGAGAAGUGUCAGCGCAAGAAGCUAAUAACAUGUCAACCUCGAGCUCUCGACUACAAACAGAAGCCUUUAGUGCAGAGAAAAAGGCAAUGGCUACUGCACAAGCUCGUCAAACUGUCACAUCGAGCGGAAUGUUCAGCCAUAAAGAACACUCUAGUAUUGCGCAGUCUAAUAUGACCAUAUCAAGUAAAAAUAUGUCAACUAAGUCAACAAUUCUUUCUUCACAGAUGAGCCAAAUGUUGAAUGGCACCGUAAAACCAGGCGAUGAAGACCUCUCCAAUCUGACGUUUGAUGAUUUGGAUAGGUUGAACGGAAAUUCAAAUCAAGCUGAUGUUGAAACGGCAAUCCAGAAAUAUUCAUCUCGAAUGAAUGCGUUCAUUUCAUCGAUAAAGAAUAAUCAAAUGGAUAUGAAAAAUGCAUCACAACAUUUCAACAAAUUAAACGAAAUGCUAAGAAGAGCUUGGGCUGUGCCAACCUACGGACACGAGCUUGGAUAUUCGCUAUGCAAUACUUUAAGGAUGUCUGGUGGAUUAGAUAUUUUAAUGGAAAACUGUUUGGAAUCCAGCAACCCAGAUUUGCAAUUCUCAUCAGCUAAACUUCUGGAACAAUGCUUAACGACUGAAAAUAGGGCUCAUGUAGUAGAAAACGGACUAGAAAAAGUUGUGAACGUUGCGUGUGUGUGUACAAAACAUGCAAAUUCAGUCGACCAUUCAAGAAUAGGCACUGGAAUCUUGGAACACUUGUUCAAACACAGUGAAAGCACAUGCAGUGAUGUUAUCAAACUAGGAGGUUUAGAUGCAGUACUGUUUGAAUGUAGAAAGAAUGAUGUCGAAACUUUGAGACAUUGUGCAACGGCCCUUGCCAAUCUCUCACUUUAUGGUGGUGCGGAAAAUCAAGAAGCAAUGAUAAAGAGGAAAGUACCUAUGUGGCUAUUUCCUUUAGCGUUCCAUAAUGAUGACAAUAUCAAGUAUUACGCCUGUUUAGCGAUUGCAGUCUUAGUAGCCAAUAAAGAAAUCGAAGCUGCUGUCUUAAAAUCUGGUACACUAGAUUUAGUAGAACCUUUUGUUACUACACAUAACCCUUCUGAGUUCGCAAAAUCGAACCUUGCUCAUGCUCAUGGUCAAAGCAAAAACUGGUUGCAAAGAUUGGUUCCUGUUUUGAGUUCUAAGAGAGAAGAAGCGAGAAACUUGGCAGCAUUCCAUUUCUGUAUGGAGGCUGGAAUCAAAAAGCACCAAGGAAAUACUGAAAUAUUCAGAGAAAUUGGAGCUAUAGAAUCAUUGAAGAAAGUAGCAAGUUGUCCAAACGCUGUAGCGUCUAAAUACGCCGCUCAAGCUUUAAGAUUUAUCGGGGAAGAAGUGCCACAUAAGUUGUCACAACAAGUGCCCCUAUGGUCAAUAGAAGAUGUUCGUGAAUGGGUGAAGCAAAUAGGAUUUUCGGAAUAUGCUACUAAUUUCUAUGAGAGUCGAGUCGACGGAGAUCUUUUGCUACAAAUAACAGAAGAAAAUCUUAAAGAAGAUAUUGGUUUGCAAAAUGGAAUCAAACGUAAACGAUUCACUCGAGAGCUUCAACAAUUGAAAAAAAUGGCCGACUACACUUCACGUGACACGAGUAGUUUGAACGAUUUUCUUCAGGGCAUUGGACCAGAGUAUACUAUAUACACAUACUCAAUGCUGAACGCCGGCGUAGACAAAGAAUCUAUUCGUGGGCUUAGUGAUGAGCAAUUAGAGAAUGAAUGUCGCAUAGUCAACAGUAUACAUCGCCUUCGGAUACUUAAUGCUAUUAGAGCAUAUGAAAGUACGCUGCCAACCAAAGGGGAAGAAAAUAUAGAGAAGAAUUUAGACGUUUUCGUGAGUUACCGCCGAUCUAAUGGUUCCCAAUUGGCUAGCUUGCUCAAAGUUCAUCUUCAGCUCAGAGGUUUUACAGUAUUUAUUGACGUUGAAAGAUUAGAGGCCGGCAAGUUUGAUAACAACCUGCUUCAAAGUAUAAGACAAGCAAAACAUUUUCUACUAGUUCUUACACCAAACGCGCUAGACAGAUGUAAAGACGAUAACGAGCAAAAGGAUUGGGUGCAUCGGGAAAUAGUUGCAGCUUUGGAAUCACAGUGCAACAUCGUACCUAUUACUGACAAUUUCGAAUGGCCAAAAGCUGAGGAGCUUCCUACAGAUAUGAGGGCAGUAUGCCACUUCAACGGAGUUCGAUGGAUUCACGAUUACCAAGACGCCUGCGUAGAGAAACUUGAGAGUUUCCUCCGUGGCAAAUCUAAUCUUACUAACCGACUAGAAGGGCCAUUGAGAGGCCGAGGGGAUGUACAAACUCCUAGCACCGCAACAAUAGGACGAGGUCCUCCAAACUACCAACGUAUGGCUUCGUGCGAGAGCCGCGGUAGUGAUAAAGCAGAUUGACUAGAGCCGACCAUACAUGCACUGCCGCCUAUUAGACCACGUAGAAGCCGACAAUCAUCCUUAGAAAAAGCUUUGCCAGCAAUCUCACAGAGCUGUGAUCAAUUAUCUAGUAGUAACACAUCCAAGACCACAUCCCCAGAGAAAUUCCUGUAUAGUCUACCCGAAAGACUGUCUGAAAGCAGUGACAAUUUGGACCACACUGAGUCAGACAAAACAUCACGUAGAUGUCGCAGCUGCGAAGGUAUAUUAGAAGCUGAUGAACAAACGCAUACACAGCUCUCGUUGCCUACGCCAUUAGACGCUGCGACGCAAACAAAAAGGAAAAAGAACUUCAUGGACAGAUGUGUUAAUAAAGUGAGACUGUGCUGAUGCUUUGACAAUGCAUAUGCAAACAGGAUACAAAAGGAAAACAUGGUUGCAGAGUGUGUAUGGUUUAUUGACUGCUAUUGGACUUUUCGCAUAUUUAUGUGAAUCUUAUUUUAAAGUACAAAAGUUGCACAAUAUGUAAAUAUUUUGUGUAUGCCAUUUAAUAAUUAGUUAUUAGUUUGAACACAGCAAUUGAUUGGUAAUCCAAAAAAUAAUCUCAAUGAGUGUGUGUGGGAGAUUUCAAGUGUUGUGACAAGAUUGCUACCCUGCCAUGUUUCAAGAACAUCGCACGAGGUGACGAUAAAAUAUAUUUUACUUGUGUAAUAUAUACCUUAUAUUUUACGCCAGUUUUGCUAUUCUUGUAUUAUUAUUAUUAGCAUUCACCACUCUCUGGCAUAAUUUUCUCUCUCUCUCUCUAUUUCUUCUACAUUUUUAAAUGUAAUAAAUUUAUUGUUUAUACUUAAUGCUUGAUUGUUUAGUUCUUGCCAAUGAAGUAAUUGUGAAAAAAUAUACAAAAUUCUACUUUGCAUUGUGAUAACCUAGAUCUUAUACAUUAGGAAUAUAAAAUUAAGAAAAUGCUAAUACAAUUGAAAAUUUUAUAUCGCUAGUACAUCCUUACUUAUUUAUUUCAACACUUCUUAUUUCAUUUGACCUACUGUAGUGUUAAUUUUAAUUGUACAAAAAUUUUAUCUUUCAUUUAUUAUAGGGAACUAGAUCUUUUAAUUUCACCAUUCAUUUUAACAUCUUAAUUUUAAUACAAUCAACAAUUGUACCUUGACGAAAUUAUAUAUUUAUGUACUAGCUCUAACCAUAAAUAAAUGGUAUUAGUAAAGAAUCUGUUUAUUAUUUACCAAUGAUAUU